AUGGUGAAAGCAGUGGUCGGAGAAGAAACCCAGCUCAAAUUAGCUGAGGAUCGCCUCGAGCAAUCCUCUACGCCUGCCCAGGUGGGUCUUCUCAUAGGCAAGCUCAGCUCUUCUCUAGACCGAGGCUUCGUCUUCGAUAUCGUCCCAACCCCACCAAACGACGCCGGAGCGCCUGCUUGUUCCCUUGUCGAGCCCACCAAGGACGACAAGAGAAAGGGAACCAAGCCCAAAUCUCAGUCCUCCGAUUCCUCAUCUCUCUCCAUUGACAAGGAUUGGGUCGCAGAACAUGCUCGCCAGGUGUCUAGAAUGUUAGUGGGUGGCAUGAAGGUGGUUGGCAUUUACAUCUGGGCAAGUGAAAGUGCGUUUAAGAAUUCCAACAUUACGCUUUGCCAGACUGUAAUGGGAGUUGCCAAAGCAGCGCCCUGCUCAGAGAGUGAUUGGGAUGAGAGACUGCUUAUUCACAUCUGUUAUAGUCCAAGGAGGUGGACAUGUCGAAAUUGUGCGGUUGCUUCAAAUAUUACAUCAAGCAGCCUAAGGCCUUGUGAUUUUAAAAUGGGAAGGGUCCUAAAUUCCCUUCAAAGAUUUAGGUGCAUGUACAAUUUUGAUAUCAGAUUGCCCAUAUUUCACAAGAAUUUAUCAAAUGUUCAAACUUUUAGUGAAGCUCUUCGUCAGGGAAUUUCAGUUCAUGCAAAAGAUCUUAAAAGUGCAAAAGCUAUGUAUGAUGGAAAUUUGGUUUUUAACAAUGAUCUAUGCACAUCAGAUGGUCUGCAUGAAGUCGAACUGCUUCUACCAUUUAUGAAAGAUACUGAAGCCUGCAGCCAAAAAGAAGCUGUUGGUGUUCUUGCUUUGAGUGGUUCUGUGUGUUCCUUUGCCUUCAUAAAUCCUAAAGAACCAAUUUCACAAGCAGUUGCUGAUAUAAAGGAUGACAUUAUCAUGAGUUUGCAGAGUAGACUAGAUAUCAUCUGUGAUGAAGCAGAUGGAGAGACAGGUCCAACUGAAACCGGUGGCCAGCAAGCAAGAGAUGAUACUGGUAGCCAGGAAGCAAGAGAUGGGAUAUCCAGUGGAACACCUGUUUUUCAAACUGUUCUUCAAUCGUUCAGAGAAACAUGUAGUCUCUCACUUCCCCGAAGAGUCUUUAUUCCUUGGUUGCGGGUACAUUUGUGUGCGACUACCUACAACCAUCUGAGACAUUUGAGGUCCUGUUUGGAGAAGAGUGGACUCGACAUGUUGAGGGGAGAAAGUAGCCGAAAAUCUAUACAGUCCUCUAAUGUCAACAUCAUGGCUGCUGUUAUAUUCCUUCUCCUCUCUGUCAUUGUAGGAUACGUUCUCAUAUUUGUCAGGAGAUCAUAG